AUGCCACCAGUCCAGCAAUAUCAAUACGUCGGCCACCAGCCAUCCAACUGGGACAAAUUCAAAAUGGGUGCUCUAAUGGGCUCCACUGUCGGAGUUUGUGUGGGAGUAUUAUUUGGUGGAUUUUCAAUCUUGCAAAAUGGUGCUGGUCCAAAUGGGGUAAUGAGAACCUUGGGUCAAUACAUAAUGGGAUCAGUGGGUACUUUCGGGUUGUUUAUGUCUAUCGGAUCGGUAAUCAGGUCUGAUUCGGGGUACUUGGAGUUGCAAAGACUGAUGAUUGCUAAUCAAAGAGCCAAGUUGACUGCUAUUUAUAGGGAAUAA